AUUCGAAGACAAAACACAGUCAAAUAUGUACCUUGGACUUUCCCAAACUGCAACAAUUUAUGAAAACCUAACUAGUGUGCCAAUACUUCAUUUGUUUACGUAAAAUUUGAAAGAAGAAACUGUAAGUCGUAUUUCAGUUUGUAUUAUCUUUGUGACGUUUCUUUUCUGUGGGGAAACUAGGGUACGCAACUCUUGUCACAACAAACAAGAUGGAGGCGUCUGCAGCCUACGAGUUCAAAGCAACUCAACCCGACGAACUUUCGUUUCCAAAGGAAGCCACAUUGAAGAUUCUCAACACUGAGGAUCCCCAGUGGUACAAGGCUGAGUAUGAGGGGCAUCAGGGCUACAUUCCUUCGAACUAUGUACACUUUGACGAGCCACAGUGGUACAAGGGCAAGAUUCCACGUUCAACAGCAGAAGAGAUGCUGUUAUCAGGCGGUUCGCAACCUGAUGGAGCUUUUGUUGUCCGCAAAAGUGAAUCGGAUGACAAUGGACACUCACUUUCUGUCAAAUAUGGAAAUGGCGUUCAACAUUUUAAGAUACUACAGGACCAGUCAUCAGGAAAAUACCAUCUGUGGAACAUGAAGUUUAAUUCCAUUAAUAAACUUGUUGCACACCAUCGAGAUAAGUCUGUUUCCAGACUUGAUACCCAACCAAAGAUCCUGCUAUGUGACAUGUCGUCAGGAGGAGGGGGAAUAGUGUGCAAGUGUCGUGCUGCAUACAACUUCGCACCGAGCGAUGCUGAGGAACUCAGCUUCCAGAAAGGGGAUGUUCUGAAUAUUUUGGAGAAGGUGGACGACAACUGGUGGCGUGGUGAGCUCAAUGGCAAUGAGGGACUCGUGCCAGCCAACUACCUGAAAGAGAUGUGAUUUAAACUCUGUUAAAGACUUCCGAUUAUGGGCAACAACUCUUGGUAUCUAUAGUGCCAUGGAUACUAAACACUCAAUACAUAUUUGUAUUUGUGAAAGAUAGUCACCAGCAAAUCCAAACCCACCACUAUAUAGAUUAAGAUUUCUCAUUUUAGUAUCUGGUUUUUUUUCACAAUUUAGACGUUUCCAUUUAUUUGUUUAUGCGUUUAUUUCUAAGCAAAAAACCUAAGCAUAGCCUCUUUUUGUAUUCAUAAUAUUUAUUUUCCAAUUGUAGAAUGUAUAUCUAUACUCGCUGUUUCUCAGGCAUUGGCUAUUUAGCUCACCUUACUAGGGUUCAUCUGAGCUUGAGUCAAGGCAAAGGAAGCAGUAUCUCCAUAUUUUGAGCCAAGAAAUUAUAUGUUGCAAAUAUCCAAAAGCUCAGGUGAGCUACAAGUAUCAUGGGUCAAUAGUUAUAAAAAUAUUGCAGACAGUUUACCACGAUAGUUUGAAAUUGAAUCUUUUUAUCCAAGAUCAGGAAUAAAUUAAUUUCAUGCAUAAAUGUUCCCAUUGAACACAAAGAGCAUGAGAGCCAAGUAUUGGUUUGCAGUAUUUAGAGAAAAGGUCAGAUUUUCUGAUGUUAGAAGGUGUAACAGUGAAGAUGAAUUUACCUGUAAUCCUUCGUUCUGUGUAGUAUAAUCAUUCCCAUUUAAGUGUGCUGUAUGUUGCACUGGUGCUUUGAAUUAUGAUAAUAAGUAUAUUAUCUGAACAUGUGAUAUAUGAAAACACUUAUAGACAUUAAUACUUAUUAAAUUGCCAAAAGAAGUGGUUUUGAAUGUUAACAGAUUUACCAGGACUUUUAUGAGGCCUUCUUUAACAUAGCUGUACUGUACAGAAGGAUUGUUUGUAUCACAUCACUGUCUGGUCAGUGGAUAUGUACUUGCUCAACUGACCUAAGGGUCCAUUUCAUACCAUGGGAUGAGAAAUUGCUGGCAUCAAGAUCUGAAGUUUUUGUAUUUUUGACUCCUGUUCAAGACAAACAAACCUCUUGGAAAAAAAUUAAAAAAGAGAUAUCUUCUUUACAUGAAUUAAUAACAUAGAUGAGCUCAGCUUUUUAUUUGUAAACUGUACUGGUUGCAUGGCAACGUGUACAACAUCUGAAGCCAUUUGACAUGUGGAAAAGAAGCUUUAGAAAUUGGAUGUUCAAAAUGUAAAACUAGCUUCAGUUUAUGGCAACUUUUGACUUGUUUUAUCAACUGGUUUGAGAUAUUUUGCGUAAUCAACAUGUCAAGAUUAACAUUUUCACAAGAACAGUGGAGAGAAAAUGCCUGAUGUGUUGCUUGUUCAUGUUGACUUUUUUAUUUUUAUUAUAGAGAGACUAUGAGCAGUUGAAAAUUGUAAUACAGACAUACAAGGAUAACAUAUUCUUCCACAAUGUCAAUUACAUACACAAAUUAUGUUUACUACUUGUGCCAUAUUCAGUUUAUUAACACCUUGGGGGCAUAAACAUUUUGAAUGCUGACAGCAUAUUGUAUAUUUGUAUCUAUUUGCUAUGCUAUACUUCUGAGUUCAUCAACAUAUGGCAAACAGAUACAGUUUUCAGUAGAAAGCUUCCAGCUAAAAGCACAAACAAAAGCAUGAUCAUGCAUGCACAUUUUAUAUCAGACUCACAGUUGAAUGUUUCUUUUAAUAUUUACAUGAUAUAGAAAUAAACAGACAUUUCUGAUAAUAUCAGUGCUCUAACUCUGCAUAAUAGAAUUAUUUAUUGUAGGAUAUUUACGAAAAUACUUUGUUAAAAACUUUUUCUUCAAUCUCAGUUGGGAUCUCAGACAUGGAAAAUAUGACAUAAAAAUAACAAAAACUACAGACAUGAAGGAAACCUGUUUGAACUUAUCAGAGGACACCUGUUGAACAGGUUGUUAACACACCAAAUACUGUAAUAUGUUGAUGGAUCCUUGUUGGAGGUCUUCAUCCUUCUGCUUAGUGCGUUGUUUAUAUUAAUCUUAUUUGUGCUAUUUUCUUUCAUUUUCCUGAGAACAAGUGUUCUUUUUUAUUCUUUUAUCUCACCACUUACCAGUAGUUUUUUUUGCAUUAGACAAGCUGUUCACCAGCUCCACAUUUACUAGAACAAGAAUGAUUUGAGAAUUAACUUCAAUUUUUGUUGUAUUCAUAGAAGUAUAAAUGUAAAUAACAGUGUCCAUGCUGUGUAAAUCUGCUUAGAUUUACCAAAGUGUGCACACUGGUUUUUAUGUUUAUGUUUUUAUAUAUUACAGCUGUACAGUGUUUUGUGUGUUAAUGUUUCAGACCUGUCAACCCCUCAUCAUGACAAUGUGGGAGAUUUGACUUCAAAAUGGGGGAGAUUUGACUCCAAAGGGGGAGAUUUUUAAGAUAGUGAAGAUAAGAUAAUUUCCAACUUUUAUUUUUAAUAAUGUUACAAAGAAAACCAAAUAUUUUGAAACAAUAAAUAAUCAAUAAGUUUCUUAUACGUACAGCUUGCUUAAUUUCCGUUUGCAUUUUCCUCCUCCAAAAAUAAACCCAGCACAAUCUACCCAUAUAACUUUCGUUCAAAGAUCAUCUCAGAUAAACGCUAACAGAUAUUGAAAUUUCACAAUCGGUAGCUUGACCAGUUGACGACGUGUUCAAUCCGACCAGUUGUCAGGCUUCGUUACGAUGCAGGUUUUCUGAGUAUUUGGCGCGAUGUUGGUUACAAAAUUCGCCAAAGAAAUAUCAAAUGCAUUUAUCCUGACGCAACAUCAUCGCCCUUAAUUUCAAUAAGAUAUACUGGGUUUUUUUCUGUCUGCGGCAGUCUGUUGACAGUCCCAUUACUUAGCUCCUUAAAUUUCCUAGAAAUGUUCAUGUUAUUCCAUUCCAAGAAAUGUAUGCCAUAUUUGGAAGUACUAUUACGUUUUACUACAAUUUAUGAAUGAAAUAAGUCUCGUUGUCGUUGUUGACCUUUCUGACCUUGAUGUGUAUUAAUCUCAUUGGUUGACUAGUACUGUUGUAUGCAAAUUAGAUUGCAGAUCUGGGACGCAAGCAAACUAUUAGCCAAUCAAAUCGUGUAAAAUAAUCACGACACAUUCUCGCGAAAUUUGAUAAAGUUCUGUUUUGAUAUUUUCUGUGCACACAAGUCACGAUGUCAGUCAAAAGGAAAUUUAUAAGUUUCACUUUAAACUUUGACUUUGAAAUCCUAUCUGUGAGGAAGCCUGAUCGUGUAACUCAUUGUUAUUUCGACUACCGAAUCAACCAAUCACGCAUAGUGUUGUUUCUGAAGACGGCGCUUGCAGGACAUAUUUUGUUUUUAUUUCCAAGAGUUCAAUGACGUAACUUUGAGGUAUGUUGAUGUUUUAACAAAGUUUCUGACAAAUCUGAUAACCAAUAAAGUUAUGUAUAACUGGACUGGCCAUAUGUAUCUACGUUCUUAAAUUAUGGAAGAAUAAACACGCUAAGAACAUGAAGACAACAGUUCAUUUCAUGAAGUGAUGAAUACUUGGCUGAUUUUUCAUUACAAGUUCAACCCUUUAGGCACCUGUUAGGACUAUCCGAGUUUUCUUAACAGUUUACAUUGUUCAAUCGUUCACCAUAUGAAUUUAAUUACCAGUUGAUUACUGGACAAAGGCCCAUCUGGGUCCCCCUGCGGGUGGCUGUGAUAAGGGUCGCUAAUCCGGGAGCCUACCGGACAGAUCAGGACGCAAACUUCCCGUUCAUUGUUUUCACUCACGGGACAAUGGAGGCGAUUUUUUUAAAUAAUGAAAAAAUUCUGUUUUGCGGGAGAAAUUGUCCAUCUUGCGGGAGACUGGGAGAUUUCAUCAAAUUGCGGGAGUCUCCCGCAAAAUGCGGGAGGGUUGACAGGUCUGAUGUUUAAGUAGGAAGAUUGUGAAGUUAUUAUUUUUUUUGGCAAAACUAAUUUCAAUAUUUGUUUGUGUUUAUCGAGUUACAAAUGUAAAGAAAACUGUAUGGACACUGUCUAAGUCCAUGUAAAUCUGUCUAAAUCCGCUUAUUUAAUCAUUGACACACAAAAAUACUGUCAACACCAAAUCAAUGACAUUGUUCAGCAUAAUAAUGCAGCACAAGCCCCUCCCAUUCUAUUUUCAGCCAUUCAGGAAACAGUAGUACGUUAGUGGGUAUGGCAUAAUAUUUUGCAAAAAGCAUUUCUUGGUUAGCCAAUCAAAUGACACUUAUAUGUAUCUAUAUUUUUAUCACCAGAUUUAGAAAAGAACCAACCCUUUAGGUAUAUGAGAAGUAUUGAAACACAGCCAGUACAUAACUGUUAAUUGAUGAUGAUAUUUCAUCCAGGUAACUGUGAUUCCACAGGAGUGUGUUGUCAUAAUCAAAACUGUCUUACGUUAAGUCUGCACGUUCUGUGAAUGCUUGAUAAACCUGUUGGUGCAAAUAAAGGACAAGAGGGAGGCGGUGACAUACCUCCGAAAUACCAUCACAUUUAAGCCUCACACAAAUAACUUAUCAUUUGCAUUGUAACUACACAAAAUGAUAUGUUCCCGCCAAUGUUUGCCAUUAUGAUGAUAUGAUAUCAACUUCAAUGUACAGUGAAACCCCUUUAAUCCAGUUACUUGUGAAUUGUGUGAUUAAUGUCCAGAUGUUUCUUUUGUCUGUUUGUCUGUUCUUUAACGCCGCACACAGCAGAAUUCCAGCUGGAGCAGACAAUCCAGUGAUUGACAUCAUGAACAUUGAUCACCCACGCUACUGGAAAACGAUGACAUGCACGUUUGUUGCCCCUUACAAGCAUGGGUUGGUGAACACACAAUUCUGACCCAGAUCUUCUUGGGGGAAUUUUAAUGUGUUGUUCCUGACAUAACUUGUCCUGCAGGCAGGGUUACCAGACUUACAAGGUUUCACUGUAUGAGCCCUUGAGCUGUUGAUAAAAUAAUUAGUCUAUCAUUCUCUCCGAUUAUGUUUCUAGGUUUGUCAGCACCAUACCUGUGCUCAUGGGUUUCACCAAAGUGGUAAACGUCUGAGACCUGCAUUACUUCGGGCUUUCCUCCCACAUUAAGCUGACAUGCCGUGAUGUAAAUGGAAUACUAUUCAAAGCUGUAUUAAAACCAACUAACUCACUCACUCAUAUCAGCUUAAUGCUACUUAGAAAUUAGUCAGUAACUUUAGUAUCAUUAUAUAAAAUAACUGUAUAAAACACUGUCGACAUAUCAGCUGUGAUAGAGAUUGAUGCUGAUGCUGAAGUCAGGGCAGCUCUUUUUUUCAGCAACAAAUAUUUUUAAUGUUCGUGCAAGCCAUCUGGCACAAGUGUUUCAAGGUUAAAAAAUCAGGGUUUUGUUUGAAAUUUUAUUAAAAACAGUGACCAUAUCAUGCCAUUCCAGUGUAAUGUGUUCGAAUUGUGAUAUUACGAUAAAACAUUCAGAUUAAUCACUGUUUAAUUUUGAUAAUGUAGCUCAAAGUUCAAGUUAUCAGGAAUUAAGUUUGACAUGUCAUUGCCAUUUUGCGAUUAUUAUCAAAGGUUCUACCGCCUGCCAUUCAAAUUUAAAGCUGAGUUCAAGGCAGAUUUAAUGGUUGAUGGGUAACUCAGCUAAAUGUUCAGUUUUCCAGCCAAAGACACGGUUUGAUUCCUCUCAUGGAUCAUUGUGUGCAACACAUUCCAAUGCUAGAAAUACCACAGUAUUGCUAUCAGCAGAGAAAGACAUUUUCACUCACUCACUCACUCACUCACUCACUCACUCACUCACUCUUUCACACAUUCACACACUCAAGACAGAUUAGGUAAGUUUCUAUCCCAGAUUAGGUAAGUUUCUAUCCCAGAUUUUAAGACAUGAUAUGGGACUGGUGGUGUCGGGGAAGAAUACAUCUUGAAAUUGAAGUGCCAAACUGAUUGUUUGAAAUAAAGCAUGUUAAGUGCUAUGCCUGUGUCAGUAUGGUUGUGUGUGUACACCCAAGUUGUCUCCCUUGUUGCUGGUCAGUCCAUAAUGGUGUUUUAGCGUGUACAUUAUUUAUGCCAUGCUUCCAUGUGUGUAUGUAGUUUGUCGGCAUAAGUGUUACUUUGGACACUGCUAUGUCUAUUAUCUUUGUGACAGUCUUAUCUGUAUAUUUCUUAAUGUCUCUUGUGUGUCAGAUGAUGUGUUUAAAAGAUUUCAGUUGUUUAAUUUUUGGAACAAAAUUUUAUUUUUUUCUAAAAUAAAUAUUUUUUGUUAUAUCUUAUCAUUUACUUAGGACAUUUGCUUGAAAGAGGUCAUACACUAAAUAAAACUGAUCUAUAUGAUACAGACAUUGUAACAGCCCAUGGGUGGUCCAGUCGUGUAAGAUGCUGCGGUUUGCUGUGCAGCGUUGCAUCCCUUAGUUAUACCAGAAUCCUAAAUAACCUCCUUGGCAAAGCAAUCUUAGUGCUACAUCUGUUGUAAGUCUGUGUUAAGGUAUGUGAGUCCCACAAAGCACAAUGUUCGCUUUGUGGAACGAGCCCCUGCACUGCGUGCAAUUCUAAGCAAUGAUGUCUUCAUUGGACACUGCUAUGUCUGAUAUGUCUUUAUAUAUGCUGGAGACAAGCUACAUUGGGCUCAUUUCCAGAAACAGCUGACAGUUAAUAAGGACCUGGGCAAUUUGUCUAUCUUGAUGGAUGUCUCAUUCUGUUAUAUAAUACCCAACUAAGGAUACUGUGCAAGCUCACAAAAAUCUGGAGACACCAGCAUUUAUACUUUUGUUUAUAGUUUCUUGAAAUGAAGCUUAACAUGCAUUUGUGUCAUGCCCAAAUCGCAUCUUAUUCAUACGCCAACAUCUCCAAACAACUAGUCUGAUUUUUUCCCCAUCUGGACACUCAGAAUAUCCCUGUCAAAUGUUGAGUAGCAUACAUUACAACAGAGGUACUGCUGCCUAUAUUUGUCAUAUUGAUUUACUGACAGGCUCAUGAAAGACGGUACCUCAGAAUUUGUUUCUUUAUUGAUAGUAACUGUAACAUAUCAUUAAUUUGUUGUUUUAAACAGGUUUACUAAGGUUACAAUGACUUUGACAAUCAACAAGAAGAAACAUGUUUGUGAUUUAUUAGAUUUUAAUGAUUUUAAAUUUAUGUAGAAAUCAACCAUAUUUUUUAUUGAUCUCCACGUGUCAAAAUACUCAACAUAACUUUAUAAGCAUUCAAAUUGACAAGACAAGACUUGUCUUCUUGCAUUCAAAUUAUUGAAAAUUGACAAUGUCUUCAUGUUUUAAUAUAUUUUUUGAAGGGCUCUUUCUGUAAGAUUGUCACAUAACAUGGCGUGCAUAAUGUAAUGAUGAUGUCACUUUGUGACAGAAAUUGUGUAAAAUUUUGAUGUCUGAAAUCAGGAUUCCGGUGGCCACCACAGGGUAGGUGUUGUUGGGUUAUGGUCUUGACCCAUCACAUUUUCUGUAGAAUUUGACUGAUUUGUAAAAUGCGUAGAGUACUGAUUUUGUAUGAUUAUUAAAAGGUCAACAAAUGUAUUUUUCGGUCAGAAGAGUUUCUUUUUCUAUUUUUUUAUAAGUCAUAUAUUUUUCAUGUUUAUUUAAUAGGAAAUUAACCUCAAUCAAUCAGACACUUUUUAUUUAUUUUAUUUGCAUUGGUAUGAUUGAAAAGAAAUUGAAGUGGUCUAGCCUUAAAUGGGUUAUAUACACGACAUCCAAUGGAUUACACUGACUUUGAUAUUACUGAGCAUGUCUAUUAUCACUGAGUCUUUAUAGAAUAUCUUGUAAUGUAAGCACGAGAUUGUACAUGUUACUUUGGACCACUCUCCUGACAUGCCAUUUUAUAAACCCAGUGAUACACUGGGGAAAGCAGUGUUAAAACAUGUAGUUUGAAUGGUGAAAAAGAUAUAAUUUGUUUUGUUUGAUCUGUUUUUUAGAAGAUGUUUGAUAAUCUGAUUACACUUGCUGCCAGACUCCGUUAUUGAUUUAAUGACCGAAUACUUUCACAAAUUAAUCUUUUAUCUUGUCUCCUGGAUAUAUCACUUCAAAACCUGUAUGCCGAGGAGUACUUUACCAUGUCUGUUAAUCUGUCUGGAGAUUCUUUUGACUUUACCGGUAUGUCAUUAUCACUACUUUUUGCAUUCCACCACGUUAUACUAUUAUGCCAAAACUUUUUAAAAUAUUGUCAUGAUAUUUCUGAGACAUUCCUUUCCUAACUCCAUAUCUUUCAAAUAUGUACACAUAUCAGCUGCAUAGUCAAUCAUGCACAUGUGUGUGACGUGACCAUAUGUUGAUGUGAUGUCACCAUGCAGAUGUUUGACAUGUGACAUACAUAUGGUGACACUGACAUGCAUAUCUGACACCUAACCAUGCAUACAUAUGUGACCAUGCAUAUUUGUUACAUGUUGUCAUUCAUAUAUGUGACUUGUAAGAUGCAUAUUUGUUACAUGUAGUCAUUCAUAUAUGUAACAUGUGACAUGCAUAUUUGUGACAUGUUAAGUGUAUUUCUGACAUGACCUGCAUAUCUGACCAUGCAUAUUUGUUACAUGUCAUUAUUCACAUAUGUGACAUGUAACAUACAUAUUUAUGAUGUGACAUAUGACAUGAAUCUUUGUGUGACAUACUUACAUGUGACAUGUCCAUGCAUAUAUGUGUGACAUACAUAAUAGAGAAAUGUGACAAUGAAUUCAUAUUUGACAUGAGAUCAUGCAUACACGUGAAGUAUGACACAAUUCAGAUACUGUACAUAUAUAUGUGUGACCAGGCACUUGACUUAAGACACAUGAACGUAAUCAGUGUUAAAUCAAUGCAACACAGUCUUGUAUUUUACAGAUUUAUCAGAUAUAUAGCAUUGCUCUUGUAACUGACAUAUGGCACUACCAUUAUUCACAGCACUGGUGAAUGCAUGCUCUCCCACAACUAUUUUGUCUCAGGGACGAACCAUUUAAUAUCCGGGGUUGAUGGGGUGUUAGGGUGGGGUGGGGAGGAUUUGUGUCAUGGACAGAAUAGUGGUGAGGGUCACUGCUUCAUGACCAACAUUCUUUUUCUUUGGAACAAGGAGCUGAAUACAUGUGUUUCAACAAACAUUUUAUUUAGGUAAUCCAGCAUGUACAAAAUGAUUCUUUUCCUGGUAUUUCUUGGAAAAAAAAUUUCAUUAAAAAGAAUACCAUUAACACCACCACCUACCCACAACCCCCCAAUUGAAACUUCAAGUGGUUUGUCCCUUGUAUAUUUUUAUACACUUGUAUUUUUAAUUUUGUCUCUGUUGUGUUUUUGACAAACAUUACAGUAGUGUUUGUACCAGGACUGUUCAGGUGCUUGUUUGUUUGCAUUUUCAAUGCACUGGUUGUAGACCAGUGUGCUUAUACAAUUGUGUUUCUACACAUGUCUGUCGUGCACCAUCCAUCAUGCCACCACCUCAAGUUAGCAUUGAAGAAUUUAGGCACAAAUAAUUGAGAACAAUCUCUCAUGAAAGGAAGCACUUCGCUAUGAGUGGGUUUUUUGGAUAGUUUUAUGAAAUUCAUAAGCCAUUGAUAUUUCUCUUAAAAGAUUAGAAAUAUUGGUGAAAAGUAACAAUAUCAGGUCAUAUGAAAAUGACCUGACAAGUUUUCAGACAGUAACAUUAACAAGUAUUGACAAUAUUUAGAUUUCCAACUAUAUCUCAAUUUGUGGUCAGGCCAUACAUAUGAAUGGGCAGGUACAAUACAAAACCAGUUGAGCACCAACCUGCAAUGUUUUAUUUUUGAUUGUGUUCUAAAUUAUAAUAUGCCUGUGACAUCAGUCGGUUAAUGAAGACAGAGAACUACAGAGAGGGUGACUCCAUUUAUGAAUCUCGAGCAGCGACCUCCAUAUUUGGUUCAUAUACGUCAAAAAGAAAUAGUUUUUCUGUCAGUAAGGUAUGCCUCUUAUUCAAUAGAAGAGAAAACUGUUUGAUACAGCUUAAGAGGUCAACAAUCAUGAGGCUGUUAUGUACCAUAUGUGGAAAAGUCAUUUGUAUCGUUUGUUUGACAUGUGUAUUGUAUUGAUAGCUGUACAUCAGUCUUGUAAGAUUGGGCCAUUCUGCUAUGUAAUGUAUGUUUCGUGAUUCAACAAGGAGUAGAAUGAAUUCCAUAGUAUUGCUACAUAGACAAGUAUGAUGACAUUCCAUUUCUGUUUGAAAAAAUGAAAUGAUUGUUAUGUGUCACAGUUUCUUUCAGAAAGUAAACGUCAAUUAUAUAAA